AUGCUGAUUUUAGAUUCAAGAAGUAAUGAGCAAUUUAGCACAUCUCACAUAUUGACAGCAAGAAAACAUACUGCCAUCAAUACAGACUUUGACUGUCAAAUAAACAUGUUAUUUCGGUAUACUAUGAUAAUAUUAUAUGAUGAAAAUGGGACAAUUGGCAGUGAGACAAUGGAGUGUAUAUUAACUAGAAUAGGAACAAUCUGUGAUGUGUAUAUCCUUACUGAAGGAUAUCGUAAGUUUCAAUCUUUCUAUCCAUUUUUGUGUACGAGUGAAGUGAUUCAAAGUGAAAAGCAUCGUAGACAGAUUUCUACAUAUCCUUCUGUUGUUCUAGAGCGGUGUCUUUUUCAGGGAAAUAUGAAACAGGCUGAGAAUAAAGAAAUGCUGCUGGCUAUUGGCAUUACUCAUAUAGUGAAUGUUACGUUAGAAAUGAAAAAUCUGUUUCCCGAUGAGUUUGUAUAUCUGCGUAUAGCCGUGGAAGAUGAGCUGUCAUCCAAUCUUAGGCCACGUCUUUCUCAAGCUGCAGAUUUUAUUGCAGAUGCUAUAAGGCAUGGUGGCCGGGUUAUGGUUCAUUGUGUUCAAGGUGUGAGCCGAAGUUCAACCGUUACACUGUCUUUUAUGAUGAAAUAUCUAGGAUGGCCUUUGAAAGAUGCACGAGACUACCUCAAAAUAUGUCGUCCAAUUAUCAAUCCAAAUAGGACGUUUGUUAA